AUGCUGACGCCGCAGGGCGUCUACGAAACGAACCCCAACGCCUUCGGUAACUCGUGGAAGACCGAGACCCGUUGCGCCGACAUGCCGCUGGUGACGCCGCCCAACCCGUGCGACAGCAACCCGCAGCGCAAGCAGCAGGCGCAGGAGAUGUGCUCCAAGCUCAAGAGCAGCGUCUUCAGCCCAUGCCACGACGUAGAGGACGUGGAGGGAUAUUUUGACGACUGCAUGUACGACAUGUGCGCAUGCACGGAGAACCUCAAGGAUUGCCUUUGUCCCACCCUCGGCAUCUACGCCGACACUUGCGCCUCCAAGGGUGUCAAAAUUAACUGGCGCUUCCAGAUUCCGGACUGCAUGCUGGAGUGUCCGGGAGGUCAGACGUACCAGGUGUGCGGUAACCCCUGCGAACGCACGUGCCGCAACAUCGCCAAUGGCGACACCUGUCAGGCCGACUGCGUGGAGGGCUGCAACUGUCCGGACGGCCAGACACUCAACGACCAAGGCCGGGUGCGAGUGUCUGGAGGGCUUUGUGCUGGAGGGCAACCGGUGCAUCAACGCCUCCUCUUGUCCCUGUCAUCACGGCGGGGAGACGUAUCAGGAGGGGGAUGUCAUUGCUAUGGACUGCAAUCAGUGCACUGCCGCAGCAGGAAGUGGGUGUGCGAGCAGAACGCCUGUCCAUCGGUGUGCAGCGCCGUGGGCGACUCCCACUACACGACGUUCGACGGACGUGACUACCAGUUCCAGGGCAGCUGCGACUACGUGCUGGUCCGCUCCAAAGACGGCAGCGACACCCCGUUCCAGGUCACCACCGAGAACGUAGCGUGCGGAACGAGCGGGGUCACGUGCUCUCGAACCAUCCAGAUCACUGUGGGCAAGUCCGGCACUCCUUCCUUCUACACCCUGCAGCUGGUCCGCGGCCAGUCGGUCAAACCCGACCCCGGCUCGCCCUUCACCGUCCGCGAGGUGGGCGAGUUCGUCUACAUCGACACGCCUUUCGGCCUCAGCAUCCAAUGGGACAAAGGCACGCGUGUCUACGUCAGACUGACAACGGAUCACCGAGAAAAGGUCGAAGGUCUCUGCGGCAACUUCAACGGCAUUCAGAAGGACGACUUCACCACGCCGCAAGGUGGCAUGCCAGUCGUCAAGUCGACAGAGUUCGGGGACAGCUGGAAGCUGCACUCUUACUGCGCCCCGUCGCUCGAGGUGACGGACACGUGCCUACGUACGCCGCAACGCAAGACGUGGGCCCAGAAGCAAUGUGAUAUCUUGACCUCUGACCUCUUCCAGCCCUGCCACGUCGUGGAGGACCCCACCAAGUACAAAGAACGUUGUGUGUUCGACGCCUGCGCCUGCAACAGCGGUGGCGACUGUGAAUGUUUGUGCACGGCCAUCGCCGCCUACGCCCACGUGUGCGCCAGCAAAGGGCGACUCAUCAACUGGAGGAGCAAAGACCUGUGUCCAAUUCAGUGUGAGCAGUGCGAAGCAUACAACCCUUGCAUCAGCAUCUGUCCUAAGAAGACUUGCGACAAUCUUUUGAACUAUGCCAGCCUGGCCGGAGACUGUCAGAAGACGCAAGGAGUCUGUCUGGAAGGAUGCGACUUCAAGUCAUGUCCUCGUGGACAGGUGUACGCCAGCCUGGAGAAGCCCCUUACCUGUAUACCGGAAGCCCUGUGCAACACCCCAACGUGCAAGAUCAACGGCAAGACCUACAGAGAAGGAGAGCGUAUCCAUGACGACGAGGCCUGCAAUCAUGCCUGUGAGAUAUGCAACUGCCGCAAUGGCGACAUAGAACACAUCAGCUAUGGACCAUGCGAAGCUCUUGCUCCAACGCCUGCAACGGCAGGAGAAGGACGACGAAUACCAAGCCUCACCCCGGAGCCAAAGCCCCAGUAUAUUCCAGCUGUGCGCACACAGGGAGCCUGUGGUCCACUGAGACGUUUGACACCUGCGCUUACACCUGUGAUGACGUGUGCGACUUCGUGGGGCGGUCAGCUGGGUGCACCAGCACCAACACCCGAGCCUGCCUACCCGGAUGUCGAAACAGAAAUGACACACGGGUCAUCAGCUGUCCACCUGGCGAGAAGCGGGUUGACGCCAACACUGUGUGCCGCCAGCAUGUGCACCUGCCUGAAGCCAGACGGGACCAUGGCGAAGCCUUUCGAGACGUGGAAGAACCCAGAGGACUCCUGCUCCGACUGCAGCUGCUACAACGGAGCUGCACUGUGCACGCUUCACGACCCAGCAUGCACCGCGGCACCCAGCGGCCACCCGACACCCGGCCCCUACCCUCCCUGUCUGCGGUGGAGCGCCUGGAUGAACUCGGAUAAACCUACUUCCGGCAGCGGUGACGUCGAGAGCAUGGCGUCACUCAUGCAUAACCACGGCUUUUGUGCAAAUCCCUUGCAGAUCGAAUGCAGGAACGCCGAUACCCGAGAAGCUGUCAGCAUUGGGUCAAAGGUCACAUGCAACCUGCAGUCUGGCUUGACCUGUAACAACGCCGACUUCGGAGGGACAUGUGCAGACUACGAGAUCCGUGUCUACUGCCCUUGCGAUGGAAAUGUGACAAGUCCUGACCACAGCGAACCCACACCAACACACAGUCCGCGAGGCGAGUGCACGAGCAGAUGGUCGGAGUGGACAAACAGGGACGACCCUCACUCCGGUGCCGGGGACAGCGAGCGUUGGAUGCUGGAGGAGCUGACGACCUUCUGUCCCGGUGGGAGGAUCACGGACAUCGAGUGCAAGACCAUCAACGACAUCGAGUACUACAGCAGCGGCGAGACGCUCACCUGCACGGUGGAGACAGGUCUCAUCUGCCUCAACACCGACAACGACCCCAUCGGGUGCAACGAUUAUCAGAUUCGAUACAAAUGUUCCUGUGGGCCUUCUAUCACCAGGGAUGAGGAGCCAACAAACAGCCCGCAAAGGAAAGAACCACUGAAGUGUGGCUGGACUGAAUGGAUGAGUGGACACACACCAAACAAUGCAGGGGAAGAGGAGAAGAUGUCAAACCUGAGAAGCCAGUUUACAUUUUGCCCCUCGGAGGACAUCACCGCCGUGGAGUGCAGACCUGUGGGCGCCCAGCACGUGGAAGGUGACAUGGGGGAUCCGUCUGUCUGCGACAUCAAGUACGACGGCUACCUGUGUCGCACGGAGGACCUGCACGAGGGCCACACCUGUGCCGACUACGAGGUUCGCUUCCUGUGUGAACCACGAUAUGUGGACUGCUCCAAAAACACUCCUAACCCUUCACCUGCCGACCUUGUCACACCUGUUUCCUGCAACACCCUCGAGCAAGCAGUCAACGACAACAACCAAUGGCUGGAGAUCUUCUUCUCGCGACCAAUGACCGUGGCGGGACUGGUGACGCAAGGCCGUGACGGUUACCCGCAGUGGGUGACGCAGUACAAGCUGAUGUACUCCCUCGACGGCAUCGUCUACCACAACUACGAGGAGCGUCCAGGUGUGGCCAAGGUGUUUAACGCCAACACUGACUCUUCGACCCAAGUGCGCCAGAUGCUGCAGCCCGUUACAGCUCGCUUCUUCAUGGUGCAGCCUGUUGCCUGGCAUGGGUCCAUCGCCCUCCGUGUCUCCCUCCUGGGUUGUCGGGACAUUUCGUCACCUACCACGUGUCACGUGUCCCCAGUGGUCUGCACAGAGGAGAUGGGAAUGAUGGCGGGCAAAAUAAGAGACGACAUGAUCUCCGCCUCUUCGUCACGUGACGCUGCCCACUCCCCGCAGACUGCGCGCCUAGGCGGAAGCGGAAGCUGGAUGCCGUCACGUGACGACGUCAGCCAGCACCUGCAGAUCGACCUGCUCACCCCACACUACGUCACUGGAGUGACGACCCAGGGUCACGCGACGGCCCCGCUGUACGUCAAGAACUUCCGGGUCCUGUACUCCGCGGACGGCGUCAACUGGAAUGUCUACCAGGAGGUGAAAGACGUGGACAAGAUGUUUGAAAGUAAUAAAGAUUCCAUGACCCCGGUGACCAGCAUGUUCCAGCAUCCUAUAAGAGCCAGGUACAUCCGCAUCAACCCCUUGUCUUGGGAAGGUCGCAUAGCACUCCGCAUAGAGCUACACGGAUGCUUCGAGGACUACCCAGCUGCCCCUACUUCAGCAACACCAACGGCUGCACCAACUGCUCGCUCUAUGCCCACUCCUUCAACAAAUAUACCAGAUGGCUGCAUCAAGUGGGACGCCUGGGUGGACACUCACCAACCCGGACUGACCUCACGAGACGACUUCGAGCCCAUCGACAAGGUGCGAGAGGUUUCACUGACGUGCAGGGACCCGCUGACCAUCCAGUGCCGCACGGCCACUGCUGACCACACCAUGGCCGCUGCCACCGGACAGUCCGUCCGAUGUAACCUGUGGGACGGACUCCUGUGUCUGGCCGCAGACGUCAAGGAACAGUCCUGCUUCAACUACGAGGUUCGCCUGGGCUGUGUCAGACAGACUGCUGACUGCCUGUCGCAAGUACCGACGGCAGCACCGACAGCGCAUCCCACCGCGCAUCCUACAUCCAGCGCGAUGCCAUGCUACAGCGGCCUUGACCUGACCUCUUGCCCUCCUUCCUGUCCGGCGGGUCAGUACUGUGACGGCGCGACAUGCGUGACCCGCAGCGAGUGUCCUUGUCUGGUGGACGGCAAGAUGCUACGGGCUCGUGAUGUGGCAACCAAUGGCAACUGCGAGACGUGUCAGUGUCUGAAUGGCGAACUUCGGUGUCUGGCGAAGACCUGUGCCACCUGUUCUCAGGGUAUGGCUCUACUGAACAAAAAUACCUGCAGAUGUGAAUGCAUCAGAUGCAGUGACAGCGAGUUUCAAUGUGGCAACGGUCAAUGUUUACCUCUGGCCGCUAAGUGCGAUGGCGUCAUUGACUGUCAAGAGGAUGAACUCAACUGCCUGACAAGACCUACCUUCAUCCCACCAAGCCUGACACCUACAUCGGGAGGACAGGCAAUCCCCAGCGCUCGUCCUGACAGCCAUCUGGUCCUCCAUCCCUCACCUCUUCCUAGAGAUAACUCCAGUUGCCCAGCUGUCUGUCCUAAAUAUUCCUACCCAUCGUGUCCUGAGAUUUUAUCCACACUCAUACAUGCAUAUUUAACAAACCUAUUCGUGUUUGUUAUAGGGAAACCAAGUUGUGGAAAUUCUCUCAGAGUGCAGCUGCACCAAGAAAGCUUGCAUGAUUACUCCUCUUCCCUCGACAACACCGGCGCCAGCAGCUGUGUGUCGACAUCAAGAUGGCGGGCAAACAGAAAAAUUAUACAAUGUGGGAGAUACAUGGUCAGAAGGACCGUGUGUAAACUGUACUUGCAUUUUCGGAAACAGUGGGCUAGCAGAGGUUUCCUGCUUGAGACAAGAAUGUUCUCCUGCAAAGAGGGAGAAGUUCGUGUCAACUCUGCUAACCAGUGUUGCGGAAGCUGCCAGGUACCCGGAUGCUUGUUCAAUGGCACCGUCUACAAGGCCGGCCAACCCAUGCCCUCCUCCCGCCCCUGCUACACCAAGUCCUGUGAGCGAGACGACAAAAAGAUUGGCUACGUCAUCCAGGAAACGAGAGUUCGAUGUAAGCCCCUCGACGAUGUGCAGCGCUGCUUCAACGAUGUUCCCACCUACGAUGAGUCCGGAUGCUGCUUGACCUGUGCGCCAAGACACCUGAUAGGCAACGCCACCGACCUGACCUGCACCACAUGCAGCCCGCAGCCCACGUAUGCCUCCCCUGAUGACACCAUCGGUCACGUGAAGGUGCGCAAGUCUGACGGAGUUCUGUGCAGCAAUGCCGUGGCCCUCACAGGUCUGCAACAAUGUCAGGGGCAGUGCGGCGCCAGCGACGACACGUGCAGCUGCUGUCGCCCCACCGUCACCACGCGGCGCCACGUGCCGCUGCGCUGCGACGACGGCAGCAGCAUGAAGCACAGCUACGUCGUCGUGCACGCCUGCCAGUGCGGGGCUUGCGGUGGUGAGUGAUGGAGAGAGAGAGAACCUGCCUCCGCAUCCAGCGCUCGGCUUGCGGAUCAUCCCUCGUCUAAAAAUCACGUGAUGACGUGGAGGAUGUGUUUGAUCAUGAAAUGUUAGAAACUUUUGCUCCUCACUUUGGGGUAAAAAAAAAAAACAUGGUGUCUCUCACUAAGCAUGAGCGAGCACAGCCUUUAUCUUUCUGAUGUUUCUGAGCAAAGAAAUAAAGAUAAAAGUCUGC